CAAUGAUUCACAACGCAUAUUUCGUUCUCUUUUAAAGCACAAUUACCAUAUAUAUGUAUUAUUUACAAGUUAUUUUUAAUCUAUUAAUUGUAAAAACUACGUUAGAAUUUGAGGGGAUUAUCAAUUUAUUACAAUAUUAAUUAUAUCUGGGUACCCUUUGGUGCGUAUUCUUCAUGUCAGUUAGUGAAACCAGUUCCGAGUCUGAAAUAGACUAUUUAACUUCUUCGGAUGAAGAUGAAGAGCCUAAAUUAAAUUAUGAAAGGAUUACAGAAAAGUUUCAGGGCUGCUUUCUGAACGAUUCUAUAUCGGCUUGUGCGAUUUCAAAGGAACAUUUUUUAUUUGGGUCACAUAAUGGUGCUGUGUACAUUUACACAAGAAAAGGCGUUUUGCUUCGAAAGAUGAUCCUUCAUGUUGCUACUGUUACUAGCCUUUCUGUUGAUCUUGAAAGCGAAAACCUAGCAUCAUGUUCGAUAGAUGGAAAGCUCAUUGUCUAUAACAUUAGCUCUAAAGAAACAUCUGUCUAUGAUUUCAAACGACCUCUAUUAUCGGUAGCGAUUGAUCCCUAUUACAGCACCAGGUCUUCUCGUCAAAUUAUAUGUGGAGGGCGUGCUGGCAAAGUUAUUUUAUCUGAAAAAGGGUGGUUGGGAUCGAGAGACAUUGUCCUUCAAACUGACUGUGGAAUUGUGUACAAAAUAGAUUGGUAUAAAUCUUAUGUCGCUUGGGCCACCGAUACCGGCGUCUAUAUAUAUAGUAAUGAAUAUGGAAAAAUCUUUGGAACUGUCGACUAUCCAAAGAAGCUACCUAACCAAGAAGUAUUUCCUUAUCAACUAUAUUGGCAAUCCGAAUCCAGACUCAUAAUCGGUUGGGCAGACCAGAUAUCUAUAGUGUCCAUUCAGCGCUCAAGUCAGCCGAAUGAAUUGCCUAAAGUUUCGGUUCAGGCCGUUUUGGAAAUUGACUCAAUAGUCAGUGGCAUCAUGAUGUUUGGCUUCAAUAUCCUUGUCCUUACUUACAUAGCGGAGGUAGAAGAUUUUACUUCUUCUUCCAGACGGAAAAGGGUAGACGCAGUACGACCGGAGCUUCGACUUAUAGACACUUCAUUUCAAGAACUCGCUGGAGAUGUCAUCGGCCUGACUAACUAUUCGCGUUUACAGCCGUCCGACUAUCAUUUGAUUCCUGAUCCAGCAAUGAAAGAUCAUUCCUACAUGGUUUUUCCCAACGAUAUUAUAUGUGCUCGUGAGAGAAACGAGAUUGAUCACGUCUUGUAUCUUGUUUCUCGUGAGGAUUAUGCAGAGGCUAUCUCUGCAGUAGAAACUAUGAAGGACGUGCCCCCAGAAUUACAGGUAUCUGAACUUGGUAAAAAAUACGUGUCGCACUUAAUUGAGAAUAAACAGUAUCGAAGAGCCGCUUUAGUUAUUCCCGGUUUAUAUUCAAAUAACCUCGAUGGUUGGGAACAAUGGGUUUUUGUUUUUGCUGAUCAUAACCGUUUAGAAGACGUCGCAGAGUAUCUUCCCCUUGGUGAUGACCAUUUAAGUCCUGUUAUAUACGAAAUGACUCUGGCAAAUUAUAUGGCAUUUAACGAACAAAAGUUUAAUGAGAAGUUGCAUAGCUGGCCGACACAUUUAUAUUCAGUGUCUACAAUUCGUAAAGCUACGGAGAAAAAAUAUGAGCAAGUCCCAGAAAGCAGAUUUCUGGCGGAUAGCUUAGCCUUUCUUUAUGUUAAUGACAAUAUGCCUGUAGAAGCAUUUUGGUUAUACCUGAAAUUGAACAAGAAAGAAUGCAUCGAUCUUGUCUUUCAGCACAACCUGUAUGAUGAAGCAAAACAAUCGAUUUUGCAAUUACUGCUUAUUUCAGCUGAUGGAAAUCCUGAAAAUGUUAGCCCCAAAGUUAUCAAUAUGCUUGUUCAGCACGUACAUUCUUUUCCACCCAAAGAGGUUAUAAGACAAAUUGAGUCAGUUAAGAGAUUUUUAUAUGCUUAUUUCUGCUCUUAUGAGGUUAUGUUUCCAAAUUCCCUUAUUGAAUUUGGUGACUUAAAAGUGGAUGUGUUUGCUGAAUUUGAUCGACCAAGGUUAUUUGAAUUUUUAAUGAAUACGCAGUGCUAUUCUCUUGGUCAUGCAUACAAUGUUUGUGUAAAGUAUCGUUACCUUGAUGAACUUGUCUAUGUUCUUGGACGUAUGGGAAACAACAAAGAUGCAUUAAUGCUGAUAAUUAAUGAAUUGUCUGAUAUCGGUAGAGCUAUCCGCUAUGUGAAGGAGCAAGGAGAUAAGGAUCUAUGGGAAGAUUUAAUUUCUUAUUCUCUUGAUAAACCUGACUUUAUAUGUACACUUUUGGAGAAUAUUGGUUCCGAUGAAAAUGCACAUAAUUUAAUAACUAGAAUUCCAAAGGGAAUGAAAUUACCUCAUGCAAAGGAUUCACUUUCUAAGCUUCUUUCUGAUCACCAAUUACAAGUUUUUCUUCACUUAGGUUGCCAUAAUUUGUUUGAAGAGGAAGCAGCUCAAAAAGUGAAAGCCCUCCAUUCCGAUCAGAAUAACGGGUUUCAGAUUGACAAACAGAUUGUUUCUGGAGAAGAUAAUGUGAAUGGUUUGGUUAACUUCGAUUACUCAAACUUAUCCGAGGAACCACUUCCUUUUGUUUUUGACAUAAAGACCAACGAGUUUAAGAGUAUCACUUCAUUAGGAUAUGAUGUUCAAACAUUGACUUCCGAUGAUGAGUUUAGGGAUGCUGCUUCGCAUGCUAGAAAUCGACUUAAGCCUGAUUUAGCUAUGAGCAGCAAACUAAGUAUACUAAUGGCCUUAAAAAGAUAAUAUUUGUUAUUUAAAUUUAAUGAU